AUGGCGGCCAUGCGCCGGCGAAUGCACCGAGAGAUUGCGAUGCUCGAGAGCGAUCCGCCCUUUGGCGUCAGCGCGUGGCCAAUAGAGGACAAACUCGACCAUCUCGAAGCCCAGAUUUUGGGUCCAGACGGAUCUCCGUACGAGAAGGGCGUGUUCCAGUUGGAUAUUGACAUUCCAGAACGUUACCCUUUUGAGCCGCCAAAGGUGUGCUUUGUGACGCCCAUUUACCAUCCAAACAUUGACGAUGCUGGUCGGAUCUGUCUCGACACGCUGAAAACGCAACCCAAGGGCUCGUGGCUGCCGUCCGUCAAUAUCAGCACGUUGCUGACAACGAUUCGCUUACUGAUGGCGGAACCCAAUGCAGAUGACGGCCUGAUGCCAGACAUUGCGAACGCUUUCAAGCACAAUCGAGAGCUGUUCAACAAGAAAGCAACGGAGAUGACGGCGCAGUACGCCCGCGGCACACAAGUUUGUCGACCGAAACCUCCCAUCGAGACGACUUCUGUGCGAGGCGAGCACAACGCAACGGAAGGCAGCGCAGCUGAUCCGAUGACCCAGGAUACUCAGGCGGCAGAAGCGCUGUCUCAGACAAACGAUUCGGCAUUGUCUGACGAUUCGCUCAGCGACGGCAUGUCGUCAGACGAAGAAGAAGAGGAAUGGGACACAGCUGGUGAUGAGGAUUUUGACGCGAAGGAAGACUCGCGUCCGUCGGCUAAACGGAGACGGCAAAAGUAG